UUCUUUUUCCCCAAUCUGAGAAUCGAGCUCUGUGAGCGUCUAAGUGCCAUUGCGAACAGGAACUUAGACUCAACACCGAACACGGAGUAGUAGUACUACUCUACUCUUUCUGUAGAUAGAAGCAAGAGCAGAGUGGUGACUCUGCCAUCUUUGCCACUCCGAGAACAGAAGAGAAGUGAACAACGGACAACGGAUCGAAGCGGCUGGGGAAAAUGGGCGAAAACGGCAUGGAAUCUAGCUUCAUGAACGGAAAUGGAACCUCCGAUCAUGGUGAUUCGGAUCUGAAAAAUGGAAUUCAUGACGGCAAAUCAGACCACCGAAGCAGCAGUUCGUCUAAACAUAAACAUAAGGACAAAGAGAGAAGGAAAGAAACUGAAGAGGAACGAAAAAUUCGUAAAGAAAAGGAGAGAAAGGAACGCGAGGAACGCCAUAAGAAAGAAGGACGACGAGAAGAAACCGAAGAGGAACGUCGAAUCCGAAAGGAAAAGGAAAAAAGAGAGCGAGAGGAACGUUAUAAGCGAGAAGGAAAACGACCCGAAACGGAAGAGGAAAGACGAAUUAGGAAGGAAAAGGAACGGAAGGAACGCGAGGAACGCCACAAAAAGGAAGGAAAACGAGAGGAAACCGAGGAAGAGAGACGGAUCCGUAAAGAGAAGGAAAGGAAAGAGCGAGAAGACAAACAUAAGCGCGAAGGAAAGCGCGAAGAAACGGAAGAGGAACGGAAGAUUCGCAAAGAACAGGAAAGGAAAGAUCGCGAGGAGCGUCACAAGUCUAAAAGUAAAGAAACGGAAGAGGAACGGAGAGAACGAAAAGAAAGGGAGCGUCGCGAACGGAAGGAAAAAGAACGUCGCGACCGUGAGCAAAGUAUUAAAGAAGAAGAUGGAGAAACAAACGGAAAUGAUUCAAUGGACUGUGAUGACGAUUCUCAGGACUCGCAAGCAUCUCAAGAAUCCAUGAAGGAAGAGCCCAUGGACGAGGACAGUGAAGAUGAAAAGCCGAUCCGUAGCUCCAAGAAACGGAAAGUGGAUGAUGACGAAGAUGACGAAUUCCAACCGGAAGAAGAUGACGAUGAGGACGUUCCAAUUGCUAAGAAGAAGCGCGUCAAGAAAGAAGAGCCCGUGUACAAAGAUGAAGACGAGGACUAUGAGGAACAAGAGGAUGUCAAGCCCGCUGCCAAGUCCAAGAAGAAGCCGAAGCCUGCUAAGAAAUCUGCCAAAGCUCCACCCACUUCUGCCAAAGGACCCGCCUCAAAGCGUGGCGUCAAGAAGGAGGAAUCAACCGAAGUUUGGAAAUGGUGGGAAGAGACCACCCACAAGAAGGACGACGGGACCAAAUGGCAUUUUCUCCAGCACAAAGGCCCAUUAUUUGCCCCGCUCUACGAACCGUUGCCCAGCCAUGUUCACUUCUAUUAUGAAGGUAAGCGAAUGAAGCUUAGUGAAGAGACCGAAGAAGUGGCCACUUUCUACGGUCGGAUGUUGGACCACGAUUACACCACCAAGGAAGUGUUCAACCGCAAUUUCCUGAAAGACUGGCGAAAAGUCAUGACCGAGAAGGAGAAGGAAAUCCUUCGGGACUUGAGUAAAUGCAACUUUAGCGAAAUCAAUGCUCACUUCAAGAAAGUGUCUGAGGAACGGAAAGGCCGGAGCAAAGAAGAGCGCAAGGCCGAGAAAGAAAAAAAUGAAAACAUUCAGAAAGAGUACGGCUUUUGUACCAUCGAUGGCCACAUCGAAAAGAUUGGAAACUUCAGGAUUGAGCCCCCCAGUUUAUUUCGUGGUCGCGGAGAGCAUCCUAAACAGGGAAUGCUGAAGAGACGUGUAAUGCCCGAGGACGUGAUCAUUAAUUGCUCCAAAGACUCCAACAUUCCCCAGCCACCCAAGGGGCACAAGUGGAAAAAGGUUCAGCAUGAUAAUACGGUCACUUGGUUGGCUUGCUGGACAGAAAAUAUCCAGAACCAGAUUAAGUACGUCAUGUUGAAUCCAUCAUCCAAACUCAAGGGUGAAAAGGACAUGGCCAAGUACGAAAAGGCCAAAGAACUGAAGAAGCUCAUCCACAAAAUCCGCGACGAUUACACUUCCGAUUUCAAAUCCAAGGAGAUGCGGGUUCGACAACGAGCUGUAGCCUUGUAUUUCAUCGACAAAUUGGCUCUCAGAGCCGGAAACGAGAAAGAUGAAGAUCAAGCCGACACCGUAGGCUGUUGUUCCCUUCGCGUGGAACAUAUUACUCUGCAUCCAGAAAAAGACGGUCAGGAGUAUGUGGUAGAAUUUGAUUUCUUGGGUAAGGAUUCCAUCCGCUACAAUAACUGCAUGGCAGUGGAGAAACGCGUCUUCAAGAACGUUCAAUUGUUCAUGGAGAAUAAGAAACCCGCCGACGAUCUCUUCGACCGGCUCAAUACUUCCAUUCUCAAUGAAUACUUGAACACGCUCAUGCCUGGGCUUACGGCCAAAGUGUUCCGUACCUACAACGCCUCAUUUACGCUACAAGAACAAUUGCGCGAGCUCACCGAAGAGAAUGACACCGUACCACAUAAGAUGCUUUCUUACAAUCGCGCUAAUCGUGCUGUGGCCGUACUUUGCAACCAUCAGCGUGCAAUUCCCAAAACGCAUGAAAAAUCCAUGACCAAUCUCCAGGGUAAGAUUGACGCCAAGAAAGAGGCUGUGGCCAAGGCCGAGAAAGAGUUUAAAUCGGCCAAAAAGUCGCAUAAGACUGGAGGCUCGGCCACGAGCAAAGCCAAUAUGGAUAAGAAGAAGAAGGCUCUGGAACGCCUUUUGGAGCAGCUCAACAAGUUGGAGACCCAAGCUGUGGACAAAGAAGAAAACAAGACCAUCGCCUUGGGCACCUCAAAGUUGAACUAUCUUGACCCUCGUAUCUCGGUGGCCUGGUGCAAGAAAUUUGAUGUCCCCAUAGAAAAGGUCUACAACAAGACCCAACGAGAGAAGUUCCGUUGGGCCAUCGAAAUGGCCGGACCAGAUUAUGAAUUUUGAGCCACUCCUGAUCAAAUAUCGACUGCCCUGGCUUGGUUAGAAGGAAUUUUUUGGAAGUGUCUCCUCGCAAUCCCUGGAGAACAUCAAGUACUUUUUCUCUACCUGUGUUACAUACUUAUGAUUUGUGUGCCCCCCCCCUGCCCCCUGAAUCAACCUGUUUUGAGUUCCGCAUCUCCGAGUGCGUAAAACUAUCUCUCUGAAUUCAACUUGCCGCCUCACCCUCUUAAGGUGUUAUUUUUUGUUGGGAGUUCAAUCUUUUCUUUUGUAAGUAAGAGGAUCCGUUGUUUGUUACCAAUACACAAAGCCGUCAUUCAAUGUCAAACACGGCCUCGGUCACACAUAGUUUAGAUUCGCCGAGAGAGCCUGCUAUAUCGAUCGAGCGACUGACCAAGAAGACCACUUCCUCAAAAUCGACCAACCGAUGGUUGCUCUCUUAAGGUUCUGAAUCCAAGGUUCUAGGACCAUCUAAAUGGAGAAAAGCUAGACAUGGUGGAUCUUUUGAGUUCAUCGUAUCGAGUGGAAUUAAACUUGAUGUAUCGAGGAUGUGGAUGUAGUGCUUCUGUCCCCCUAUCCGGGUUGUAUGUGUAACAAUUUUUCUGUAAUUGAAUAGAAAUAUGGAUGAGCUUGAAAUAGAAGGAAAUGCCAACUUUGUUAUUGUA